GAAGUAAUUAUUAGUUGCCAUGCCGGCCUAAAAUCGUUCUGUAUGAACCAGACCAAACGUACUUGACAGUGAGAGAAAUACAGGAGCUGGAAGCCACGCCCGCGCCCGCGCCCACGCUCUCCAUGACGCCCUCUUAAACGAGGACGAGGAGGCGGACCUGUUCGUUCGCGUUGCCCGCGACUCUCUCCGUCCUCCUACUCUCACACGCUUGGCGCGCGCGUGCUUCCACACGUCCGUCGCCUCGCCUGGCUGAUUGGUUUGGGACCUGGCUCCAGCAAUGGCGGUGCAGGCGCAUUAUCACCACCACCACCACCACCACCACCGCGAGUCCCCUUUCCUCGUCAGCGGCGGCGCGCCGGAGGGCAGCCGGUUGGCGGCGGCGAUGGAGCUGCAUCAGGCGCAGAAGGAGGCUACUACGGCGCAGCAGCACGCUCCGCCCGACUUCUCGCAUGGAGGUUGCGGCGGCGGGAAGAAGCGGCAGCGCGAGGCGGACCCCGUGUCCCGGCAGCUCUUGUCGUUGCAGCAGCAGCAACCACAGGCGCAGGGGCCCAAGUUCAUCAACCUGGCGCAACUGCACAAGCGGCCGGCGACGGGCCUCCGGCUCGACUUGGACGAGGGCUCGGAGCACGUGCCGUGCACGUCCUCGGCCUCGGCGUCGUGUCUCCUCCUCUCCGAAGAGCUCGCCGCGCAGCGCGACCAGCACAAGGACGAGAUGGAACGGCUGAUCCAGGAGCACGCGGAGAGGCUCCGGCGCGCGCUGGCCGACACCCGGCGGCGGCACUACCGUUCGCUCGUCGGCGCGGCCGAGGCGGCUGCUGCUCGGCGGAUAAGGGAGAAGGAGUCGGAGGCCUGGGAGGCCGCGCGGCGCCGCGCCGACCUGGAGGAUCGGGUCGCGCGGCUGAGGGCGGAGGCGGCGGCGUGGCAGGCAAAGGAGCUCGCGGACCAGUCCACGGCCGCGGCGCUCCACGCGCAGCUGCAGCAGGCGAGGGGCAAGGCCACCGACGCCGAGGAAGGGGGCAACGCGGCGGACGACGCCGGGUCGUGCUUCGUCGACCCGGACAGGGUGGUGGAGAUCGCCCCGCCGCCGGCCAGGCCGUGCCGGGCGUGCAGGCGGCGGUCGGCCUCCGUCGUGCUGCUCCCUUGCCGCCACCUCUGCGUCUGCGCCGAGUGCGAGCCCGCCGUCCCCGCCGCCCCCUUUGCCGCCGCAGCUGUCGCCGCUGCCUGCCCCGUGUGCCGUGGCGCGGUCACCGGCACGGUGCAAGUGUUCGUCUCGUAGCGGGAGGGAAAGGUUAAAAAAAAUGGUGCUCCUGCCAAAAGGAAUGGCAGGUGAAAAUGGGGAAUGAACGAUGGCAAAUUGUGUAGUGGAGUGGAGCGCAUUACUUUUUAUUUCUCUGUUUUUUUUGCUCAUUUGUUCAUUACAAUCAUUUUUUCUCUUCGUAUAGUGCCGGUAGGAAUAGGAUCGUGCUCUCUCUCUGCCUCGGUUCCUGUGGACUUUUUUACCGCCUGAGAUUAAUUAAUGGCUUUGCCCUGUCCCUGCGGUUGCUGGUAGCCUCCUACGUGAGCAGCAGCGCCUUGGGGUUGGGGACGACGGACGAUGCGUUAAAGGCGAGGCGGGGAUUCGCGUGAUGCGUAGUAGUGGCGGGAGACGCGGCCGAUCACGUGACGUGACGAUCUCGGCAUCGCCCAUCGCCAUCCGUCGUGGGCCGCGCCGUGCGAUCCCCAUCGGGGGUACGGGCGCGCGUCGCGGCUGCGCUGUCGGUUGUUCGCCGCGCAGGCCUUGGAAGAGGAGGAAUGGGGGUGCGCGGCGUGCGGUUGCAGGCUUUGGCCAACGAUUGAUGAAUUGUGUUAAUUGUAAACGGUUGUGUGAACAGAGAAUGAGAACUCGUAGUCCCUUUC